CGCUGUCUAAGGAUGGGGCAAUUUCCCCUUCUCCGACUGUCCCCUUCUCUGACCCCUUUGUCUCUUUUUGAUGGCCUUGGUAGCCGCUACUAAGCAUGACUUAGAAUGUCUCUCCCACAGCAAGAAUGCAGGAAAAGAGAGAGACGUAGUCUUAAAUGAGAUACAAAAAUACAUGCACCAACACUUUAAGUGCACAUCUGCAAACAUUAAUAGUGCAGUACAUUUAGACACACUUGCAUACCAAUUCAGGCAGACCUGGAUAACCCCUCUUCCAGCCACUCUUAUGGACAUGCUUGGACCAAUUGCACACACAUGAUCAUGUUCACAGAUGCGGUUUUCUGAUGUGGCACAAAAUGUGCCUGUUAGCCUUUCUUGCCACCACUUGGGUAUGAAUUUUUGUGAUGCUUAGUUGUGGGUGUGCAGGAAUCCCAUUUUUAAAUUGUUGGCCCUGCUGGGUGGUGAAUUAAUAUCAGUGAUGAAGCUUCAUUACAUGCUUUUUCCUCAGCUCUGAAUCCUUGUACUUCUAUAUAGGAUCUAAGACCACUGGUGACUAUGGAUGAAAGGUUUUGUGCUGCUCCUUAAUGUUAUUCUAUACCUAUUUUUUUCUGCCAUAAGAAUGUAAGAAGAGCCUUCCUGGAUCAUAUGAGGGUCUGUCUCGUCAUGUAUCCUGCUUCUACAGUGGUCAGCUGGAUCUGUCUAGAAGCAGGACACUAAGGUGUUGGCUUUCCUCUGCUAUUCAUCCCCAACAUUCAUGCUAUUCAUCCCUUGUUGGAUGCUGGAUACUCCAGCCUAGCAAAGCAGUUCUUACAUGGUAAACAUGGUUUAGGUUGCAAGGGACCGCAAGUGCGAGUUUUGUGUAUCAGCCCUGAAUGUAUCAAGAUUUGUCCCAAUAUUUUUUUCAGAGAAUUGACAUGAGUCUGAAAGAGAGAUCGCUCUUUGUGGUCAGUAUUUUCACCUCUAGUCAAACAGGUUUAGCAGGUUUUUGAAUUGCUUCAAAAUCUGCACAACUUAUUUAACUAGAGGCAAUAGUGGGACAAAAUGAAUAUGUUUGUACGACACAGCGUGAUAAAUGAUGCCUCUCCCAAACCACGAUCAACUAGCUUUAAAACUAUUAUCUGUUGCUAGCCUAAGAAAAUUUCCAGAACAGAAGGGCAAAUUGUGAACAUAUUUUUUUAAUGCCUGCUCUGGAGGUGUGGGAUAUGGAUGAUAUUCUCCAAUAUCCUCCUUGUGUAGGAACGUUGCUGCUUUUCACUGUAUACUUCUCAUUGUAGGUGAGUUUCUCUGUUUCUGUGUUGGUGCCAGUGGCCUGUUUGCAUUUCUUGGGAGAUGCACGUCUUUCUCCUUGGAUGCUGUGAUGCUCUGUCGGUCUGGGUAUCCCUAGCUGUCUGCUGCUGAUUUGGUUCCAAUUUUCUUUUCUCUCUCCUUACACCCUGGCAUAUUUUGCUGCUGGUGGAAACACCAAAGCUCUAUCACCAAUCAUGUCCUCAAGCCAUUAUUCCUCCUCUGCCCUUGUGACCUUUACCAGGAUGGUUUCAAAUCCAUAUUUAUGGGGUCGCAAGGUGGAGGUGGGGGGAGGAGGGUCAUGCAGGGCAACACAAUGGGAUCUAGGGCAAACAUGACCCCCACAAUACCCUAUACAUUACAAGCCAUAUGGACACCCAAGCUAUUGCACACAGUGUAUACCUCUCCAAGCACGGCAAACACUCCUUCAGCACAAUCCCGCAGCACAGAGUUCAUGCAUUUUCUUUGGUAAUGGUCCUGCACAGGAUUGUGAUUCAGUGAGUGUGAUUCAUGAAGAUAUGCACCAGAAUAGCUGCAGGUGACAAUAGCCUAAAAUUCACUGCCCGCUGAUGCUCAAAAACCUGGAAUUGUUUAUGGGAAGAGGAUUGUUGCUCUGUGGUAGAAUGCCUGCUUUGCAUGCAGAGAGUCCCAUAUUCAACCUCCAGUAUCUCUAGGUAGGACUGGGAAAGACCCCCAUCUGAAACCCUGGAAAGUUGCUGCCUGUCAGUGCCAACAAUACUGGCCUGGAGCGUUGGUCUGACUCAGUAUAAAGCAGUUUAAUACUUCCAUGAGACCAGCCAUUGUGCACUGAAUAUGGCACAUUAAGUAUAAAAAUGAUGUCUAAAUGGCACUUGGGUAGACUUAAGUGGACUUUGUGGCCAGAAUCUGGGUAGAAGUGAAAGUGGGAUUUUGGGUAGCAUCUAAUGGUUGUAUCAGGAUGCAUUACAGUUCAGUUAUAUCUGAGUGACAUGAGGACAUUUGGAUAUUAUACAAGUGUAUUUGUGGUGAAAUUGACAGCCUGUUGGGAUUUCUGCUGUUCAAACAUGUUUAUUGACAGUCAACAGACUUGUUUGUUGGAGAAGCCAGAUUUUUAAAGGAAGAAAGCUGUUUAUCACCUCAAGAUCAUGGCGGGUGGGUAUGACAGACAGGUCUCUUUGGUGGUUGCACCAUCUUUGUGGAAUGGAGGGAAGCCCAACUGGCUCAUUGCUGUGCACUUUUCAUCUCUGGGUGAACUGAGAGGCAUCGUGCCUCUGAGGCUGGAGGUGGCCCACAGCCACCAGACUAGUAGCCAUUGAUACACUUGCCAUCUGUGAAUUUGUCUAAGCCCCUUCUAAAGCCUUCCAAGCUGGUGACCAUCACCACAUCCCAUGGCAAAGAAUCCCAUAGAUUAAUUAUGCACUGUGUGAAAAAGUGUUUCAUCUUGUCAGUCCUAAAUUUCCCGAUCUUCAAUUUCAUGGCAUGGCUCCUGGUUCUAGUGUUGUGAGAGAGGGAGGAAAUUUUAUCUCUGUCCACUCUCUCCACUCCAUGCAUAAUUUUAUACACCUCAAUCAUGUCUCCCCUUAGUCUCCUCUUUUCCAAAAUAGAGCCCCAGAUGCUGUAGCCUAGCCUCAUAAGGAAGGGCUGACCUAUAGGGAUCUCAUGUAGAUUUAUUUCAGGAUGGGACAAGCAGGCUUGCAGAUAGCCACCUGUAACAUGUCAGAAUUACCUGGAGGUGAGUAAGAAUUCCUUGCAGGUAAGCAAGCGCCAUGGGUAAACUGAAAGGGAGUUGAUACUUUGGGGUUGCGCGAGUACCACAAACACUGCGAUGUGGGAGAAAGUGAGAUAGUUAACAUUUCUGUGGACUUAUUUGCGACUCUGAUCUAAGGUCAGGAUGGGUUUGUCUGAAUUACAAACCAAUCAGGUGUGUUGGGAGGACAGUUGUAGACUGUGGAGUAUACAUAAGGCUGUAUCCAGGAUUGAGGCCAGGUACCACUGAGGGUGAAACUUGGGUUAACCUGAAACUUCCACCCAUCUCCAUUCUCUCAGCGCUGCUAUUUUUAAAAAAUCUCUUUGCAUACAUGUUCCCCACUUCAGCAUGGAAAUGUGCACACACAUGUACAUUCAAGUCCUGUGGUGCCCAUUUUGUCUUCACUCUGCACUGCAGAAGACCUAGAUUUUUCUGACCAUUACAGCCUUGAACAUAUUGUGUGGUGGGAAAGGAAUAGAUUUCUAAAACCAGUUCUGAUAGCGAGACUUAAUCUCACUGAAGAUAUUCAGGAAUGAGAGAGCAUUUCCCUCUUUGUUGCCCCAUAGGGGGUUCCUAUAUAUAUUCAGCGAGGGCAUGUCAUCAUCAUUAUGAACAGGCCAUAUGACCAUAGCAGGGGCAGCACUGAGGUUGGCUUGCAGGCUAGCUUAUGUUCCUUCCAGUCUUGCUGAACACAGACACAUGUUAGAAUCCUCAGAGUCCCAGGUUUCCUUUUUCUUUCUUUCUUUCAAGUUUCUAGGUCUCAAGACUGCAGAAGUGAGAUUUAAAAUGGGACAGAAAUGCUAAAGGCUACCAAUACUUAUACAACAAAUAUUUAUAUACUGCUUUUCAACAAAAAGUUCCCAAAGCGGUUUACAUAGAUAUAAAUAAAAUGGCUUGCUGUCCCUAAAGGGCUCACACUCUAAAAGAGAAACAUAAGACAUGCACCAACAACAGCCACUGGAGGGAUGCUGUGCUGUGCUGGGGACAGAUAGGGCCAGUUGCUCUCCCCCUGCUAAAUAAAGAGAAUCACCACUUUGAAAAGGUGCCUCUUUGCUCAGUUAGCAGGAUUGGACAUACAGAGGCCAGAGAGACCCAAAGUCAAUAUGUUUAAUGUCUUUGAUUUCUAUGUGUAUAAAGCCCAGGUUUUCAAGAGCUGACUGAAGGAUAUUGUGGAACAAGCGUGAAAUGGUCACGAUGGAUUGUAGUGCCAGAGUUGUGGAAGAUUUGUAUACAAGCUUCUUUGGUGGCAUGGAGUCAAAACAAGUCAUUUAGGACUCUCUAAUUCGUUGGGAGUUUGGCACUGAGCAAGUAUAUGGCAACAGCAGGUGGGGAGUGGGGGAAGAGGAGACCUGUUAUCUAUUUUUCUCAUAUAUAUAUUUCUUCCCUCCUUGUGCACUGGGGUCUUUCCCUACACCUUCUACCCCAUAGCCCAUGUAUUUCCCCUUGCCCCGUUCCUGUCGAUAGGUUAAUUGCCCAGGGUCAGGGUUAUUGACAGCCUGAUUAGUGCCCCUGUCAGCUCUGUACCAGGCUAAUCUAGGCGGCCACAGCCCGGAAACACCAGCGCAUUGAUUUUUGGGGGGAUUCCCAGCGACCCCCGCGCUGACACAUUGAUCCGGCUCCCGGGAGUGAACUCUCUGUCAGCGCCUCGCUGCUGGCCUGCCUUCCUGUCCCAGCCACAUCUACUCCGUGAGCCAGGCUGGUAAAGGAAGAAGACAUCAGGCCUAGGUGCAGUUGUUGCGGGUCGAAACGCCCAAUUUGUGAUUCCCCUGCUCUGACCACUAGGCCACAUACAUCUCCUGGAAAUCAUGGCCGAAACAAGGAGUCCAGGCUUUGCCCUUCACAAGCUCAGCUCGAGGUACGUGAGGCAAAGUAUGAAGGUGCCCAUGAUGUCAGCAUGGGCUUCUAGAGCUCUUAGGCCUACCAGCAUCCUUCAUGCCUCCUGCGAGAGAUGGACCAAAAUGUUCAGGUGCCUGAAGCCUAAAUCUGAAUGGGGUAAAAAUAUAACCGUGAAUUAAAGAAUUGACAGUGUGCUGUCUUUCAAUGCCUGACACCCCACAAUCUGUUUGUUGAGGAAGGCGGUUGCACCCUACCUGGUCGGAGGAAGACGGUUGCACCCUACCCUACCUUGGGAUACCCCCUCCUCACAGUUAUGUCGCUGUGAAUUAUUUCUUGGCCGUUGGUUUGCCUGGAAGCUUUUCAGAUAGCAGGGUAAAUCUGGCCUAUAUGUGAAUGUGCACCCAUCCUCCCAAAGUAAAGUCACUGUCUGCGAAAGCUCCUGGCUCCUGCUCCCCAUCUUUCUACCUCAUCUUCACCUCAGCUACCUGCCGUCCUUUCUGCUUAUCACCUACCCACCUGCGUGCCACAUCCCAAGCUUUUUCUGUCCAACAUCUCUUUCCAAAGGGUCUAUGAUUCUCGUGAUUGCUUGUCCCUUUCAUUUCUCCCUCCCUCCCUGUUCCUGAAUUUCAAGAUGACACUGAAGGGGAGUGGAAGUCCUACCUGUUGUUGCUGCAGAAACACUGCCCCCGUGAAGUGCCAUCCUAGGCAACCCCCUGGGACCAGGAGCAUUUCUAGACAGGGUUUUUAGUUUGCUUCUCCUCCAGAAUGGAGGGUGUGGUUCACAUAUCAGCCAGAUUUACCCUGAAGUCCCUGCAAGCUACCGGGGAGCACUUCACACACGAUUCAUGUUUUUAAUUGCCAGUUAGAGCAUAGUCUGAUUUUUGUCCAGGUAAAAAAGUCCACUUUUUGCAUCAGUUUUUUGGGGCAAAUUCGAACUCGCAGUAAACCCGCGAUAAAGCCUGCUGUCUGGAAAUGCUCCAGGUAUUGUCAAGGCCAAUCCUCCUCCCCUACUUAACUACCAAGUCCUCUGCUUCUCUUAGAAGUGGAGAACAGAACUGGAAAGUCAUGAUUCCUGACACUUAUAACCAUAAAUAGGAAACUUCAAGUUUAUUCCUGGAGGUGGGAAUAGGGAACCCUGAACCCCAGUUUUCCAUAUUCCCAGAAAAGCAUUCAGAGGAAGCUCAUACUAACAGAUCUGUGAAGAAAAAUAAGGGAAGCAACAAGCAGAGCCCCUUCCCAAAGGGAAGCCGUGAGCCGCAGAUGCUAGGAUCCCCUCAUAGAUGCUUCCGUUAGUGCUCAAGUGCUGGGGAUCCCCUCCUCUUCCCCCCGACUGCCCCCUGCCAUCACUUACAUGAAUAUUGACGCUAAUGGCUUGUAGCGGGAUGUAGAACAUCCCAGCCUUCUAAUUGUUGUGACUGGGGAUCGGCAGGCCGAUUAAACGCCAUCGAUUUUCUCAUACUAACCGCAUUGAUUUUUAAAUUUCCUAUUGAUUCCUGCCCUAAAUCUCUUUAAGCAAAGACUUCACUCCGCAGAUGACAUCGGCUGAUUAGCAGGAACAACUGUGGGUUCGCUCCAUAGCCAAGGGUGGGGGUUGAGGAGGGGGUGAGCGGCUCAUGUCAAUCCUGGAGGGGCUGAGAACCAGGACACCUGGAUUCUAGACAGCAGUGGGAGUGGGUUUCAGUGGAUUACAGCAGAAGGGCCACAAGCCAUGAGCCACAGACUGUAAUGUUCUGGGAGUGGAGUGUGGGGUCAUGAGAGGGGGUCUGUGUGGUUUGGACUCUGGGUAAGAGAUUUUGGAGUGACCUGGGUCCUUGCAAGUGGACUUGUGGAUUCUCUUGCCAGUGCACAGUAAGACGAAGAGCCAAUGUUUUGACAUAAUAUUUCCCCCCUAUGGGAGUGUUUCAAAAUGUUUCCCAUAAACAAAAUACUCACAGGGAAGUAUUUCAUCUGAACUGACUGUCCAUGUGCAUUUUUUCAGGAAAGAUCCAUAAUAUAGCAUUCCUCUUUCUCAAAGUUCGAUCCUGAAACAUUUGCAUGGACUUUCAGUUCCUACAUGAAAGGUGCAUGAGUUUUUCCCACACUUUGAAAGAGGCGCCUUUGUGGACCACAGGAUUUUGGUCUUUCUGAUACUAUCACUUUGCCUGUUUGUGUAUUGUGCAUAAUUCAGGAGGUGGUUUUGUUUUGUUUUGCAAAUCUAGGAGCUUGUUGUUUUGCAAAUCUAGGAAUAUCCUGUUUCCUGAUUUCUACCAGGCACCGAUCACCAGGCCUAGUUUUUCGGCACCUGUGACUACUGGGCUUUGGAUUUUUGUACUCUGUUGCACAUAUAGUUUGACAUAGGCCCUGUGUGGUCAGUUGGUAGAAUGAGCACUAAGUGGCUUUGGCACCAGAAAUUUUGUGGCACUUGGGCGCUUUCCAGAUUACACGCUACAGCAGGGGUAAAAUGCUUCAGCUGGGCAGGAUCAUGAUCCCCAGAAUAUCAAACUCAACAAAUGGGAAAAUACAGCUGUCUUUUUGCGAUGCACAUGCUAUGUUGUAGCACUAUAACGCAAAGAUAAAAUCUGAAAGAAGGCAUCUGAAAUGUGAACAGAUGUCAGCGCAUCCAUUCAAGUCAAUGCCGGGACUGUGCUGUCACAACACAGGAAGUACGGAAACACACUUAGCAGAUCUGUAGUGACGCUGUUGUAGGGUUUAAUCUGGAAAGUGCCUUGUAGGCAAAAGUAUGGGGGCCUGGCUGUAGCAUAGGGCCGGGCGUGUCCUCUUCCUUGCUGCUUCAGCGCUGGGCUGCUACUUCCCUGAUCAAUAAGCUAAAAGCAAAACCACUCCAAGGAUGGGUAGUACACACUGCUGUGAUACCACCUUAAACUUUGGACUUUACUUGUGGCCCACUUGCCAGAAAAGCUGGCCACCAGCACAUGCAAAGCAGGUUGCCAUGUUAAAAGGCCUUGUCAGGGAUAGCCCCACUAGUAACUACCCCCUGGACAGUCCUGCAGGGUUAGCUCUAGAUGAGAUGUACCUGAUAAAUCCAGGUGUGAACUUAUGGUAGACCCAUUGCUACCCAUUCCGUUCACUUUUAAAAUGAGCGUUCACAGCAAUUCACGGGGGGGGGGGCACAUGCAAUGUGUACAGACAUCUGGAUGCAGGUUCAAUAUAAUGUCUGAAUAGGCUUGUGUCUCCCCCAUAGUAGAUAUUCUGGGCUGGUAUCAGGGGCUGGCAUUGUUGGGUGGCUGCUGAGGGCCCUUCAGUGCUGAUCCCUGAGGCCGCCUCUGUGCCUGUAGCCUUGGUGUGGUGAUCUGGAACUUUCUUAGGGUCAACUCAGGCAGGUGGGCGUUCAUGAAGUUUGCUGAGGGCCUCCCAAAGCCAGCCCUGUGCAUCUGAACCAGUGGAGGCGGAAGAGGCCUCAUUUUCAAAGCACCCACAGUUUUUAAAACACCCACUGCCUCCCACAGUUCCCCUCCCCACAGCUUCUCUCCCCACGUCGUCUGAUUUCUGAUGCUCUUGCUUCUCUCCCCAGGUUCUGGACUGGACUGGAGUGAAUGUACUACAGCUGCCACUUCUGCCUGAAAGAAGUAAGAAUGUCUAAGCCCCUGGAGCUGGAGAAGGCACGGCUGGAGCUGCAAGAGGAACGCACAGAUACAGAAAGAAAUGGACCUGACACAAACCACCAGACUCAGCAAAGCAAGCCGUCCCCGUUCUCCCCAUCCCCAACCAGCACCGGCACCAAGAUCAAAGCUGAAGACCCCGCAGAAAUGCCUCCAACUCCAGCCCCAGCCUCAGCUCCCCCAGCUCAGCAGCCGCACCUACCCCAGGCCCAGCUUAUGUUAGCUGGCAGCCAGCUGGCUGGGCUCACGGCACUGAUGCCUGCCCAACAGCAGCUGCUUCUGCAGCAGGCCCAAGCGCAGCUGCUGGCAGCCGCCGUGCAGCAGUCCAAUGCCGCUGCCGCUGCCGCCUCCUCUCAGCAGUCUGGGGCUGAGCUGCCGGCACUACAGAACCAGCCCCAGACGCCGCAGCUAGCCCUGUCGCAGCCCAUCCAGCUCACGGCACAGGACAUCCAGCAGCUGCUCCAGCUCCAGCAGUUAGUCCUCGUCCCAGGGCACCACCUCCAGCCGCCCACACAGUUCCUGCUGCCACAGGCCCAGCAGGGACAGCAAGGGCUGCUCCCGACACCAAAUCUCUUUCAGCUACCUCAGCAAAACCCAGGGAGCCUCCUGCCGAACCAGCCUCGUGCAGGGCUCCCAGCACAGCAAGUGACUCGGCCUGGCCUCCCCGAGUCCCACCUCGCUCACUCGCAGCCGCCCAAAUGCCUGGAGACCCCUUCACACCCUGAGGAGCCCAGUGACCUGGAGGAGCUGGAGCAGUUUGCCCGCACCUUCAAGCAGCGGCGUAUCAAGCUGGGCUUCACACAGGGUGAUGUGGGGCUGGCCAUGGGGAAGCUUUAUGGGAACGAUUUCAGCCAGACAACCAUCUCGCGCUUUGAAGCACUCAACCUCAGCUUCAAGAACAUGUGCAAGCUCAAACCUCUGCUGGAGAAAUGGCUCAAUGAUGCUGAGACGAUGUCUGUGGACUCCACGCUUCCCAGCCCCAACCAGCUGAGCAGUCCCAACCUGGGCUUUGAUGGGCUGCCAGGCCGGCGCCGCAAGAAACGGACCAGCAUUGAGACCAAUGUCCGCUUCGCAUUGGAAAAAAGCUUUCUCGCGAACCAGAAGCCUACCUCAGAGGAGAUCCUACUUAUCGCCGAGCAACUGAACAUGGAGAAGGAAGUGAUUCGCGUCUGGUUCUGCAACCGCCGCCAGAAGGAGAAACGGAUCAACCCUUGCAGCUCUGCUCCCAUGUUGCCUGCCCAGGGCAAGCCUGCUGGCUAUAGCCCUCACAUGGUGACCAGUCCAGGCACAAGUCUGCCCCUCUCCCAGGCUUCCAGUAGUCUGAGCACAACAGUUACUACCUUGUCCCCAACAAUCUGCUCCCUGACCCCCAGUCGGACAGCGAUGGGAGCAGGGGGCACCACCCUCAACUCGGUCACGCCACCUCCAAGCAACAGCACAAAUCCCAGCCCCCAGAGCAGCAGUCACUCGGCCAUCAGCUUGCAAGGCCUGAAUCCUAGUACGGGAAGCACAGUGCUAGGGGUGAAUGCGGGGUUAAACCCAGCGCUAAUGGCCACCAACCCGCUGGCCACCAUUCAAGCACUGGCCAGUGGUGGAAGCCUGCCAAUUACCAGCCUUGAUGCCAGUGGUAACUUGGUGCUGGGUACCACAGCGGGCACGACUGGCAGCCAGAGCAUCGUGACCUCGUCGCUCUUCCUCAACCACGCAGGCCUGCCCUUGCUGAGUGCUGCCCCGGGAGGUGUGGGGCUGGUGUCGGCGGCCGCCGCAGUGGCUGCCUCCAUGCCCAGCAAGUCCCCCACUCUGACCUCCUCCUCUUCUUCCUCCUCUUCCUCCUCCUCCUGUUCCUCAUGCAGUUCCUCCAGCGACGUGGCGCAGACUCUGGGGCAGGCUGGUCCCGGAUCCACUGAGCCGGAUGCCAAGACGGAAUGAGGGCUGAGGAUCAUCCUCUCUGCCUUUCCUAAUAUGGUGGGGGUGGCGAGGAGUGGACGUACAAACCGACGAGUGAAACCAAAAAAAAAAAAAAGUAAAAAAGAACCAAACAAAGAAUUGUCAGCAACAGCCAAACGAAAAACCAACCAAAAAUAACCCAAAGCAACCAAACAAGCAAAGCAAAAAGGGACAAAGGAAGAAACCAAAAAGAAUUCCCCAAACUUUUGGCGUUCAUUUUUCCCCCCUGAUGUGCAGAACAAAGCACCUUGCAAAAGGUAGCUUUGUCAAUGGUUUAGUUUUGUUUUCUGUUUUCAACUUUUUUUUCCUUUUAUUUUUCAUCUGCUAGUUUCCUGGACAUUUUCAGGAAGGAAACAAAUAUAUGGGGAUUGUUUUGUUCUUGUUUUUGUUUUUUGUAGAAAAAGAAAAAGAAAAAGAAAAAAAACCUUUAAAAUCCUUAAGGGGAAAAUGAAUCUCACACCAAAAAUCACCAGUCCUAGCUUCACCCAAAGCUUUUUACAGACUUUUCUAACUUCUGUGUCUGGUCGAAUGUCUUUCAAUACUCUUUUAUUUAUUCUUAUUUAUUCAUUUUUGUUUCUUUGGCCUUCAGAGGGGUUGGGCAGGGAGGGACGGAGGGAAAGGAUGGAUUGGUUUAAUUUCAGGACUGUGCUAUAAAUAUGAUUUUUCCUUCCAAUGUUUUCAAGCACUUGAGGGGGGGGUGGUGUUUGCUUUUUAAAAAAAUCAAAACAAAUAAGCAGUUUUAUCAUUUUGUGGGGAUUCUCAUGAGAUACGAAGGCUAGGAUUUUCAAAGGCUAUGAUGAGAAUUAGGCACCAGGUUCCCAGGAUUGAAACUGGUUUCCUAAUUGACAUCCUGCAAUGAUUUUUACCCUCUGCUUCUACCUGUUGGGGCGGACCUAUUUGACUUAUCUCAGCCUUCCAAUGAACUCUAAAAAGUUACAAGCCUACAAUAUUACUUCACUGGCUUGUCAGCCAUCAGUGGCUUGAAAGACGAAAAAAAUGCCAGUUGACAACAUUUUGCUGGCUUGUUACCUGUGGAUGGUUUUUAAUUUACCACAGGUGAUCAAGAGAGUAGAUAUUUACAGCUUAGAGCAUCUCAUGCACCAAGCACAGCCAGAAGGCAGUAGGAAUGGUACCCCAUUUUCUGCCUGCCCCCAACCCUCAAACUACUCCAGUGCAGGUUUAUUUAAUCACAUUCAUUAGGAGUAACUAUUUAUUAGUAUCAGCUGCGCUACUCACAGGGUACAAAAUGUAAAUACUUUUAUCUCUGCAGGACAAAAAGCCUUUUUGAAAGUCUCAGUCUUCAGCUCUUUCAGGAUGGGCCACGCUAAACACGUGUCUGUUUUACCCUAUCUGCUUGAGCAUUUUCUUUGCUAAUUUAAUUUUUCUACUGAUCUUAGCUACAGAUUUUCUUUUAAAAUUAAUUUCUGCCUGGGGCUAAUAUCGGGUUAUUUUUCUGAAAACAGGGGAUGUGUAAUUUUUAUUAUUAUUUUUAUAUCUGUGUUCUGAAAAAAAAAAAUACUCAUAUUCCAGUGCCUGACAAAAACCAAAACACACAAAAACAGGAAUUUCAGCAUUCUUUACAUUUUCCAGAAAAACCAAAAAUUGAUAGACAUCACUACAGAAAACAACUAAAAUGAAGACCACUGGGCAAUUUAAAAAAGAAAAAAAGGAAAACAAACACAAAAGAGGUAUAAAAAUCCCCCCUUUUGUGUGGAUAUCAGACUCAGAGGCGAGUGAAAAACUUUUAACCAAAAAGAACCAACCAAGUGAACAAAGAAAGCUUAAAAAAACAACCUUUAACCGCAGAAGAAAGGAUGAAAACAUGUGGGACUAAAGGGGACAUCUUUACUUUCUCUGGUUAGACAAAUGGCUCAACCAUCUUUCUCUGUCCUGAAAAAAGAAAAUACCUCAUGGAAAGUUGCGUUGAGAAGCCAAGAUUUUAUAAAUGGCAAAAGAGACAAAAUAAAUAAAUAAAUAAACCAAAUCGAUGGAAGUGGGAGGGUGAGAACAGAGGAGCCUGAAACUUCCUUCCAGAAGUUUGGAAAGCUUUAAAAAUGGCUUCUCGAAACGCUGAAUUUAUUUGUUUUGGUUUUUAAACUUUUUGGUACAUUUGGUUUUGGUUGGUUGAUUUUUUUUUAUUUUGUGUGCAUUGGUUUUGGGUUGCUUUUUUUAAAAUGGGUUGGAGGGGAGUUUCAGUUGUUUGGGGCUAUUUUUUGUGUUUUUUAAAAAAUGUUUGUCUUUUCUUUUCAACUCCUGCGAACCAAAGUCUUGCUGUUGCAGAGAAGGAAGUUAGCCAUGGCAUACUGCGAUCUGGUAGAAAACAAAAACCAAACAAAAGGACAGAGUGAAAAAGAUAAACAUACAUAUAAACAAACAAAAAGGACUUUGAAACCUUUCUGAAAGGAAAAAAGAAAACCUCGACCUCAUUUUAUCUCCUGCUUUUGCUGUGUUAUAGCGUUCAGGUGGGUUUGAGAUAGCAAAAGGAAAAAAAAUACUGUGAAACUUUCCAAAAAUGACACAAACAAAAACAAACCAGGAAACACCUAGUUUUGGAAGACUGACUUGAAAAAAUGUUUUCAUCCCAUUAUGUGCGUGAGUGAGAGAGAACUGGCAGGAAUUUAUCCUUCUCUUUUAAGAUUCCAGUCAUGCUAUUGUGGACAUCUGAAAAAGAACACAUUUGGGAAGUCCAACCCCCCUCUCUCUCUCUCAUGUGCUGCUGAACGUGUUACUAGGUGGAAUGUAACAGUUUUAGUGAUAUUUGUUACUUUUUUUAUUUUUUGGAAAACAAAAACAAUUUCUUUUGGGGGGUAUCUUCUAUUUUUUUUUUAUAGAGAAAAUUCUAUGUUCUGCUUUAUCGCUUCUUACUGUAUAAAAAAGACAAAAAAAACAAAAACCCAAACGCUAAAGGUUUGCAACAAAAAAAAGAUAAAAAGGGGAAAAAACUAAACAAAAAAUCAACAAAAAAAGAAACAAAAACCAAAAUGUGUUUUUUUUUAAAAAAAUUGAUUCUAGACCAAAAAUGACCCUAUCUCCAAGUGUGGAGCUGAGUGGUGGGUGAAGGCAUGGAGGGGAACAGCCAAGAUGUACAGGGCAAGCAAAGGAAGACGGGGAGUAGGAAAGGUUGCUGUAGGCUGGAGGCGGAUAUUGAAAGGGUUUUAUUUGUUAGAGUUGAAAGCAGUCUGAAAAACUGUGACUGCUGGUGGUAUGGACACUCACCCCAAAUUCACCACUAUUAAAUAGGGUUGAUAGGUUUUUGUAGUCUUUCCAAAACCAGCCAAACCUGUUCAACCAGAGGUAACAGUGGGACAAAUGAAAUGGGAAGUGAUGUGUCUUUCAGAUCACCUUCAACCCUUUUGAAAACUGUUGUCUGCUUCCAGUUUUAGGGAUGGAGACGUGGGUAGUUGCAGAUUUUACAACUGCAGACAGGGGUAUCCUCACAUCCUACCCACUUCCAAAUCUGUGACUGCAUUUCAUAGGGAUUUCCUGAGGACUAAAUAAAGUUAGAGCUAUUCCUGGCUUUUUGUUGAUUGGUCAGGAGCAAAACUACAUGGCACUCAGCUCUGAUUUGUCUGUUGAUUGUGACUGGCAGGAUGGUCCAUUGUCUGUCAGGCUCCACAUCUUUCCCCAAGUGGCUGGGAACAGAAACAGACAUUGGGAGAUGCUAUGUCCCCACCCUUUGAAAAACAGUCAUGUCUCUCUGUUCUACCGACCUCCCCCACUCCUGGGAGUUUUAGAAUGAGGAAGGAAACAAGCUUUAAACUACAGCUGUAAAACCAAAUAUUUGCUCACACGCCUCCGUGCCAGUGCUCGACCCAGGGUUGGGAGGGCACAAGGGAGGGGGGGCAGGCUAGACCCCCCUCCCUCCCCUCAUAGUGCCAAGACAUCCACCACAAGGCUCUUUGGAGAUAGCCCGCCAUAUACCUCAUAUACUUUAAUGAUAAACCAAAUAGAAAAGCUUUAUUAAGGGUGUGUGCCGGACGGGUCUGUAUGGGGCGGUGGGGAUCAGGUGCAGCAUCUGCUCUCACCCCAUGGAGGGAAAUCAGUAGGAUAGUCAAGGCCCCAAGACAUGUGAUCCAUUCCCUUAAAAUGGUGGCGUCCUGAACAUUGUCCUUCUGUUUGAGACUCUUUUGCCAUGGUCUUGGAAGGAGACUCCACUGGCUGGGCAAAGGGCAGGAGACUGGACCCACAGAGAAGUCAGAGAGAGUUGCUGAGGGCGGGAUGAAGCUCCAGAGGUCUUGUUUACAUAAGUGGAGUUCUGCCUGAAGGUAAGGGCAGCUUUUACAAAAGCUAUGGGGCAAGAGCAUGCCCAUGUGGACGCAAGUUGCAUUUUGGCACUCUUCCACAUCCAGCGCAAUUGUCUUUUCGAAAUCCUGACCCACUUAAGACUCAGUGGAGCUUUCCUCCUUGCCGAUCCUUCUGACUUCUUUGGGGUGCUUUUUCCUUCAUCAUCAGCCUGUUAUCUGGGUUGUGAGAAAAGGGAAUCUCAUAUGCUGCUUCUACAUCAGGGAGGAGUCUGUCAUAUUUUGAUAGCCCUGGAAGGAUGGGUCAUAUGGGCUGACCUUUGCAUGAGGGAUGCUGCACCAGCCCCUGACUCCCCACCUCCACCACCCAACAAGACUGGCCUGUUGCUGUAGCCGACCCGGGAGCAGUGGAAAAAUCGUGUGAUAACUUUGCCAAAGGUAGUUAGUUCCUAGUAUUCAAAUUUUUUAAUUUUUAAUCUUCCGGGGUCUGAACCUGUCUCGUUAAUUUAUUUGUAACUGUGGGGCUUAGAAGUGACUUGAAAAAAAAGAUGAUGAUGAUGAUGAUGAUGAUGAUGAUGAUGUAACAAAUAUUCUGAGUGAUUUUUUUAAUUUGUUAUUUUAUUUUGUUCUGUCGUGGUUUUGUGUUUUUUUCCGUCUUUUUUUAAAAUUAAAAACAAAAACAAAAUAAAAAUCUUGCAACCAAA